CAGGGGAAAGGAGGAGCUGUGAGGCAGUACAGAGGGGCUAGAGGGCAGCAGGGGGAUGGGCAGGGUGGAUUCUCUGCUGUCUAAUAAGGGUUAUGCUCCCCUCGUGAGCAGGGGAAGUGCCCCCUUCUCUGUCUCUCUGCAAUAGUAUUGAGCCCUGUACUCCCCUCAGUCCUGUUCUGAUUUGAGAUCUUGGAGCUUUUGGGUUUGUUUUCUGUGAUAAUUGUGAAUGAACCCUUCCUGCACAGACAUGGGGCACGCACGCAGCUCAAAAUCUCAGGGGAUUUUUUGGUGUUGCCAAAGAGAUGAGGCUGCAGUGUUUCAUUUUGAAUAAGAUGGUAAUAAUGCAGCAUCACGUGCAGCUUUCCAGGGGAUUGAAGACCUGAUGGUGAAUAAGAAGAACCUCUGGAUUCACAGCGCUGGCAUUCCCUUCUGUUUUCAUGUCAGGCUGUUGUAUAUUAAAAAAAAACCAAAAACUAAUCUUAUUAUUCCCAAAAGGUCUGCACUGGAGCUGGGGCUGGAGUGGGCAUUGCUUGGUCUGUCCAUGUAAGAGGGUUGGGGCUGCUUUCUGGGUCGAUGUCUUCCAAAAGAAAGCAAGUGAUGUUUGCUCCCCGUGUUUGCUUUCCUUCAUGCCAUGACAUGCCGAGGCAUCCCACACAUGCUGCCCAUUGACCGGGUGUUGUUUUGUCUGCAGGGAUGGUGGUGGUGUUGCAAUGUUUGCAGAGCUGUACGUCGCUCCGGCUGCAGCUCCUGCACCCCAUAAGGUGCAGGGUGAGGGGUUGGAUGUGCACCUCGAGCUGUGUCACCAUCCCCUCAGUGUCACAAGGCUCCUUUUCUCCUCCUGGGUUGUUUGUAGGACGUGCCAGGCGCCUGCCACGCAUUCCCCAGCCCAGGGAAAUAGCUGGGAUUCUUGCAUUUCCUCCCCCAAAAUGGCACCAGGGUAGUCCAGAGGAACCUCAGCAGGGAGAGGACGGUGCCCUGGCAGCAAGGAACCCCCAGACUCACCACAGCCUCUCCCAGCCCCAUGCUGCAAGCACAUUGCUGUCAGAUUUCCUUUUGCAAACCCUCAUUUUGCGUUGAAGCCUAUGAGGGGCAGCAGAUUCCCAUGGUGCCCACUCACUGCCGUGCCCGUCGUUGUUUCCCUACAGCCCCAACUCCUGGAGCUGUGCCACUCAUGGAGGAGUUCAGCUUCUUGCUCACAGAGCACAGAGCACAGAGCAAGAAACCCCAAAGGAACACAUGCGAACGAACCCCUCUUCAUGAUUAUUUUUUUUACAGAACGAGGCUUGGGGUGGUUUGCAGGUGGGUCUCCAUGUUACCACCUGUAGCACAGGUGGGGGUGGGGGUGGUGAGAAGGGGGGCAACCCCCCCCCUGCUUUUGGGGUCCUGAGUGGGUUGGGGUGCUGAGGGUCUGCCCUCUAUCUCUGGGGACCAUGGGGGACAAACCCACCCAAUGGGACACAGAGGAGGAGUGGUGCUCCUGGAGGAGGAGCGGGUGCUGAAGGGUUAACAGGGAGUGUUUGCAGCCAGUCCCUUAUCACCAAGGAGAAGAGAACAGCUCUUGGGAAAGAAACAAAACACCCACUGCCCAGGAGGGUGAUUUCUGCUGCCCCACAGCCCUGGACCCCAGCAGUGCUCCGGCACCCCGCUGUCACCCUCCUAGUGGCACAGAGCACGCAGUGAGUGGGGUGGGGAGGUGGGCUGGGGCGUCUCCUCAAGUCCCCACCACCCAUUUCCCAUUGCCUUCUCCCAGUUUGGGGUCUUAUGGCAUAAUGGGGACACCGGGAGCUGCGGUGCGGAGCAUCCGUCCCUAUGGGUCCAGCCAGCAGUACCUGUAUGCCAUGAAAGAGGACUUAGCCGAGUGGCUGAAGGAGCUCUAUGAGCUGGACAUCGAGGUGGGCACCUUCCUGGAGGUGCUGGAGACGGGGGCUGUGCUCUGCUCCCACGCCAACCACAUCACCCGUGUGGCUGAGGACUUCGCCCACGCCUGCCCCAGCGCAGCCCAGCACCUCCGCCUGCCCACCGCCGGCGUCAGCUGCAACCCAGCAGCACAGCCGGGCACCUUCCAGGCCAGGGACAACGUGUCCAACUUCAUCCAGUGGUGCAGGAAGGAGAUGGAUAUCAACGAUGUCCUGAUGUUCGAGACGGAGGACCUGGUGCUAAGGAAGAACGAGAAGAACUUUGUGCUGUGCCUGCUAGAGUUGGCACGCCGUGCCGCUCGCUUCGGCAUGUGUGCCCCCACCCUGGUGCAGAUGGAAGAGGAGAUCGAGGAGGAGCUCCGCCAGGAGAUGGAGCUGCCUCCUGCAGACAACCCCCCGUCCCAACUCCCCAGGAAACCCCGGGACCUCCACAACCUUGACCAGAUGGUCCAGCACCUGGUGAGCCGCUGUACCUGCCCUGUCCAGUUUCCCAUGAUCAAAGUGUCAGAAGGGAAAUACCGUGUGGGUGACUCCGACACCCUCAUCUUCGUUCGGAUCCUGCGGGAGCACGUCAUGGUGCGGGUCGGGGGCGGCUGGGACACGCUGGAGCACUACUUGGACAAGCACGACCCGUGUCGCUGCACCUCGCUCUCCCACAAACAGCUCUCCAGGACCAGACCCCCCCAGCAGCCGGUGCAGCACGAGGUGCGGCUCUGUGCAGCCCCCCCGGCCCCCGGCCACACACACCCCACUCUGCUGGUCAGCCGCUCACAGAGCCCACUGCCCCCCAUCACCUGGGCACCCCACGGCUACCGCCACCAGCCCUGGACCCACACCACCCCCAGCCCCCGCCAGGAGCCGGCGCAGCCCCGGAGGGUCCCUUCAUGCAGGACACCAACACUGAGGUCACCCACUCGAACCAUCUCCCCAGGGCAUGGGGCUGCACAGCGGGCACCCACCCCAUCCCGGGGCACUGUAGGGACCCCCAAGGAGCCACACGGGAACCCCCCAAAGGCAGCAGCACAGAGCAGGGGCACAGCCCCCAGUGCUCACCUGGCACCAUCACGUCCCAAAAGCACUCAGCAAGGAGGUGGCUCAUCCGGGGCAGCUUCCAGGCAUGUGGGGGUCCCCACCACUGUAGCACCCCGAGCCCACAGCCCCAUCAAGACCUGUGCCCCCAGUCAGCAGCAGGAUGCCCACAGAGCAGCACAGAGCAGGAAAAGCCCCAGGGAAGGGAACCAGAGAGCCCUUGGAUGUAGCCAUCCAUCAUCACACCCAAAUUCCCUGAAUCAACCUCCGAAGCAGGUCAGCAACAUUAAAACUCCAAAGAAAACCAGCUCAGCCAUCUGCCGGCCCCCCACACCUCUGACCCAUUUUGCAAAUGGAUGUGAGAGCUGUGCUGCUGGGGAGAGUCCCCAGUGUCCCCCUCUGAACCCAACGCCCAGGGACGCCGAGAGCCCCACGGUGCCAGGGAGGGUCUGCAGCCAUGACAGGGAUGUCUCAGGGCUGCGGGGGUACUGGGGGCACUCUCAGCCCCCUGACUAUGGGAAGGUGCUGGAGGAGCUCACCCACAACCGGCAGCCCCUGCGUCCUGUGGGGAUGGGCAACAGCAUGUCCUCAAAGCCCUCAACCACACAGUGUGCCAAUAUCCCAGCUGGGGGGUCCCUGGAGGGGCCAACUGUGGGGGACCAGACCCCACAGAGCACUGUGCCCAAAGCCCGGCGGUGUCUGAAGAAACCCGAGCGUGUGCCCUCCAUCUACAAGCUGAAGCUGCGCCCCAAGGUGCGUCCCAGGCGGGACCACCGGCCCGGGAAGGGUCCCUCACGCAUCCCCACCCCACUGGGGCAGCGCCUGCCCCGUACCCGGGGUCAGCAUCGCCCCACAGCCCUCCCAAAGCCCCCACAGCCCAGGGAUGCCAAGCCCUCAUUGAGUGACAGCAGUGCGUGGCUCACUGAGGAUGAUGACGAGGCAUGGGUCUGAGCCAUGCCCAUUGGUUUGGGUCAGGGAUGGACCUACCCAUUGGCAGAGCCGUGAUGCCAAGGUUGCAAUGCUGAUUCCCAUAUCUGGCAUUCAACCAAGCCAACUACCCCACUCUUCAGUCUUCCCCACCUGCACAACGGAACCAACGAUGCUCAUGCCUCACUCAAAGCCCCACCCAACCCCAUGAGCUGCUCAGGGCAGGGGAACACAUGAGUACCAUGUCUGUGCCAUUGUCAAACUGCUGUGUUGGCACUUCCAUGGCUGGGGGCUGUUCCAGCAAGGAUAGAGCCCAUAGGGUUGGUCACUGCCCCACCAAGGCAAUGGCCAUUGGUGCUCAUACCAAUAGAGCUCUCCCAAAGCCUUCUGUACCAGCAGCUCUUCUGGGUGGGUGAUGGAAGAAGACCCAAAGGGUUUUGGGUCUGUGGUGGAGCUGCAGGGUCCGGCGCCAUGAGCAAGGAGCAGCGAGGCGAGUACAGAACAAAGGGGACAGACCUGAUUUUAAUUGGGUUCCAAAUAAAGGGGCGCAGGGUGGUGUGGACACCUGGGGAUCUCCAACAAGAAGUCCAUGGGGAAGAAAAUGCCAUGUCCAGGCACUGCGAUGCUCACCGAAGUGGGAGGAGAGGAGAAGCAUCCUCAUCAGCGCUGCACCCAACCCCACGUCACCACUUGGUCACCAUGUAUUGGGGCAGAAAAUGACAUUUUCCUUCCUGCUUCCCUUGGGGACAGCUGGGGACAUCCCCAGCCCCCCAGGAUGGGAGCGGGUUAUUUCUGCACGAGGCACAGAUCCAGGUAGGAAACCCACGGCGAUGGCUGGCGAGCGGUAACACUUCGUACUAAGGGUUUGUUCAUGGGGAGGACAGUGGAGCUCCAUUACUGCUGUGGAUGGGGAUGUCCUGGCCCCUGUUGGCUGCCAGCCCCCUGCCCACAUUUUUGGGGAGUGGGGUAAUGCUGCCAAAGCGGUGAGAGUCAUUAUUACUGAUAGAACUUUUCUGUCUAUAAAAUACAAUAUAAUAUAACAAUUAUAUUUAUAACUUUUUUUUUCUUCAAAAUACUAAAUAGAUGCUAUAAAAACCUGUAACUAAUUGUGCUAUAAACUGCAGGCUACAGGGUUAUAACAAACAA